CUGUGGUCAGCAUAUGGUCCUAUUUUUAAUGACAUCAGAUUGCUGGUUGCAAAAAGGAUUUUUGCAAACUAAAAACAAUAGCUAUUUCGUCGCUCAAGGAUCCCAGACACCACCGUCGACGUGCCCACAGUAAUGGCCGAUCCCAAGUUCCAGAACCUGCCGGGAAUAGCUUAUGACCAGCCGGAUGUGUUCGAAACUCCGGACGACCCGGAGGUCGAUACAUCCGACUACUACGAGGAGGAGCCGGAGAACGAGGCCAUCGAGCGGCUGCACAUCUCGCCCAGCAUCGCCCAUAAACGCUUUAGCGGAGCAACUCUCGAGGGGAGUGUGGAUUUCACGGAUCGCAUCGGACGCAGGGUAUGUCGUGGGUACGAUGCGCGUGGCUCCGGCGACUAUGAGCUGGUGGGCCAGGGCGAGAAGGAAACGCCAGUGCAGAAGUGCCAGCGUCUGCAGAUUGAGAUGAACGAACUGCUGAACGAGGUGGCCGCCCUGCAGGUGGACCGCAAGGUCGCCGACGAGGAGAAGCAGUCGUACGACGCGGUGGCCACUGUCAUUAGCACGGCCCGAAAAGUACUGGAGUCGCUGAAGCUGGAACAAGUGCUGGGCAAGGAGCAGGCGCCAGGCAGCAAGCAAGUGAAGGCGCUCAUCAGUCAGGUGGAGGAGUUCAAGCAGUCGGGCGUACUCACGGCCAUACCAACGCCCGGCACCGAUCUGGCGGCCACGGCCCGCGUGGCCAGCUUGGAGCAGCGCCUGUCGCAACUGGAAAAGGUGGUGGGCGCCCAGCCGGACAAACUAAGUCGCCUAACUGCCGCAACCAACACCACCAAUGUGCUGGAGGCCGUGCGUCAUCUCAGCACCAAGGCGGCGCUGCUGCAGCCGGAUAAACUGGACACCAUAGAGCAGCGCUUGACAUCGCUGGCCGGCAAGAUGGACGCAAUCGCCGAAAAGUCCAGCGGCAGUGCCCAGGACGCGAAGCGGGAUCAAAAGAUCACGGAACUGUACGACAUCGCCAAGCGCACUGAGCCCGUGGUGGAAAUACUGCCGCAUGUCAUUGAACGUAUGCAAGCUCUCGAGGCACUCCAUAAAUAUGCGAACAAUUUCGCCAAAAUCAUCGCUGAGAUCGAACAAAAGCAGGGAACCAUCACCACCAGCCUGGUGAACAAUAAGGAACUGUUGCAUUCCGUGCAGGAGACGUUCGCCCAGAAUCUAGAGACCAUCAACACCAAGGUGGCCAAGGUGGAGCAGCGCGUUGCAGCUAUUUCAUCCGCUAAAUAAAUAAAAACAAUAAUAAUAAUUGCACUGCAAGCGUAUUACACAUAGCUAAUAUUUAUGAAAACUAUAAUAAAGCGAUCUACAUUCGAUUCUUUUUUAAAAGGUAA